AUGACCAUCGUGCGCAUUCUCGUCUAUGGAAUUAUCGCUGGUUGUGUCGACUUGGCAGAAUCCAAGUGCCCGACCCACUAUGCGCCGUACAAGGCGGUAGUGACGGUGUCCAAGUGCACGUCCAAGGAUGUUGCGUUUUGCAUCGUGGACGGUCAAUACAAGCAACUCCCGCUGGCUGCCACCGAUACGUUUUCGUUUAAUGGCCAAAAUGUGCGCGUGGGCCAGCCUUUUGACGGAUUGGUCGCGGAAUUGCCAGCCGCUGCCGUCUCCGCCGACUUUACGUAUGCGUCGGUGGAUGUGGGCGAUUUGUCGGCGAACACCAAGUUAAAAUCGCUGUCGUUUUACCGCACAAACCGUGCCAACCUAACCAGCGCUAAGCUGCCACCAUCCCUCACGACACUGAUCUUGACCAGCUCGGUGGGACUGACGCAACUGCCAUCGAACGUCGACUACUCGAAGCUCAUGACGUUUGCUGCCGGGAACGAGCUCACGCGAGUGGACAACUUGAACGUGCCCAACGUGCAAGAUCUGUCGUUUACUGCCAACUCAAGAUUGACUACUAUCACCAACUUGAAAGUCACGUCCAAGCUAUCCACCUUCCAGCGCAUUCACUUUUUGAGCGGUACUGACUGCAAGGCCUGCCCUUUGACCAUAUUCACCGUGGACGAGACGUCGUAUGCUACGCUCGCUGCACUGUCACCUGCGAACUUUCUUGUGAAAUCGUUGGAUGUGUCUGCCACGUGCAAGGCGCCAGGUGUCGUUAAACCCCUUCAAGCUAGAUACACAGUGUGUGUACAAGCUCCUCCUAUGACGACUGCAACCGCAGUCACCACGACUGUAGCCCCCACUGUUCUCUCCACCGUGGCCUCCUCCACAACCGCGAUUAACAACCGCGAUAGUUCCAUCAACCACCAACGCGACGACCGACAACUCUACUUGGACCACUCCUCCAAACUCAGUGCCAGGGAACUCGAAGACCUAAAGGGGCCUUUCAGUGAUGAGGAAUUCGAGUCGUUGCAAGCGCUAGUGGCCGAAGCCCAUGCAAACAAAGCCGUUUUCUUGGACCGAUUCUCGUUGGGUCCGUUGCACGGGUCGUCGGACGAUGUGCUGAAUGCAUUCGGGGAGGUCUUGUACUCGUCCUUUGGUCGACUUGCGGCCGACGAGUCGGCCGAGUCUGCAUCACCAGACAACGACCAGCUAUCGAUAGUUCACGUCGCCAAAGCGGCGGCCAUGUGCAUCCGAUCGCCGUCGUCGUCCACCCUGCGCGCCCUCGUGGCCAUCUUUAGCCCAUCCCUCGAACUGUCACCGACGCAACUCCACCAGCUCUUUAUGGCAUGUUUUCUCAUGGCUGAAGAUACAAACCCUUCGUCGCGUCCUAUGGGUUCGAAGGACGUGCAUGAAUACACCCCCGUCGCCGCCGCCAUGGCGGACGCCUUUCAGCUGCACUCGUCGCACAUCACGCCAUCCACGUUGGCCGCAUGGGCCCCUACGCAUGCCCCCCUUCUGCACACGGUGUUUGCUUCGUGGAUGAGUUUCAAGUGUCUUGGACCUCGCUCCAAGGUGUCGUACGUUGCGCCACGUUUAUCCCACCCGUCAGAUAUUAUGACCCGGGGAGAAGAGCUGGCGCUGUCGUUGCAAUCUGUGCAGCUUCAACAGAAUUGGGAUCGAUUGUACACAAGUACUGAGGAUGGUCUGAGCUUCAAUCGACUUGCGUAUCACCUGCUGGGGUACUCUGGCCCCACGCUACUCGUGAUCACGGAUUCGAACGGAGCAACGUUUGGCGCGUACGCAGAUACACCGUGGAAAGAAAGCACCAAGUUCUUUGGGGGCCCGGGGUGUUUUCUAUUUCGAACGAGUCCAACGUUUCUCCUCUGCCCAGCUACGACUGGAGCCGCGUCCAACUACAUGUACUACAACACCAAGGGCGUGGUGCUGCCGCGGGGACUCGGCUUUGGCGGCACCACGUCCAAGUGCCGCCUCUUCCUGGACGACGAGCUGGACAACUGCACGUCGGCGCUCAAAUGCGCGUCGUACGAGCCGGGCGCGGUGGCCAUGAAGGGGUCGUUCCAUAUUGAAACGCUCGAGGUGUGGGGAUGUGGGGGCGACGCGUGCAUGGCCGCGCAAAAGGGGUACCGCGCCGACACGGCCGAGCUCAUCAAUCGGGCGCGCAAGGUGGACAAAGCGCAGUUUGUGGGCAAUGCGUUUGAUCGAGAAAUGUUCCUUGGUAAAACGUUUGGCAGCGGCGCCGACGCCGCGCGAGUGGCAGACGACGAACAUUGA